AUGGGUUGCGGUGAAUUCCUGGUCAAAUACGUGCUAUUCUUUGCGAAUCUCUUCUUUGCGCUCGCAGGUUUAGCUCUCCUUGGUCUCGGUGUGGCCGUCGAGCUCCGCAUUUCAAAUGCCGACGAAAUCCUGGACAAGUCUCCGAUAUUCCAGCUCACUCCCAUCGGAGCGAUGGUCAUUGGAUCCAUCAUAUUCCUCGUGGCCUUCUUCGGAUGCUGCGGCGCGAUUCGGGAAAGCAAUUGCAUGCUCAUUGUUUACGCCAUAUUCAUGAUAAUGCUGAUGAUCCUCAAAGUGACGCUGGCCACCUUGAUCUUCGUUAAACAAGACGAACUCCUGACUAACAUCCCUGUCUGGCUGAACGAAACCUUCACCAGGGACCAGAUCGCCUUCCAGAACAUCGAAAAAUCCUUCUCGUGUUGCGGUCCUGCCGGCGCGGCGUCCUAUGGCUUCGCUCCCUUACCAGCUACGUGCUGCCCCAACAGCCCCUGUACUCUGAUCAACGCUUACAGCGGCUGUGGAGAUAUUGUCACUGAGUUCUUUGAAACAUUCGGACUGGCCAUCGGAUCAGUGGCGAUUGUGGUCGGAGCUAUUGAGCUCGUCGCCGUCGUGUUUGCGCUCUGCCUGGCGAACCACGCUCGCAACAAAAACAGAAGAAGCCGCUAUUAA